AUGUCUACAGCUGCUCGCCGCCGUUUAAUGCGCGACUUCAAGCGUAUGCAAACGGACCCCCCAGCUGGUGUAUCUGCAUCGCCUGUCGCCGACAAUGUUAUGCAAUGGAACGCCGUCAUUAUAGGCCCGGCUGACACGCCAUUCGAGGACGGUACCUUCAGACUCGUCAUGCAGUUCGAGGAGCAAUACCCAAACAAACCCCCGCUGGUCAAGUUCAUUAGCCAGAUGUUCCAUCCGAACGUAUAUGCGACGGGGGAGCUGUGUCUGGACAUCCUGCAGAACAGAUGGAGUCCUACAUACGAUGUUGCCGCUGUGCUUACCAGCAUUCAAAGUCUACUCAACGACCCGAAUACCGGCUCGCCCGCAAAUGUCGAGGCGUCGAACCUCUACAAAGACAACAGGAGGGAAUACACCAAGCGCGUGCGGGAGACGGUUGAGAAGAGCUGGGAGGAUUAA